AUGAUAAAUUAAAAAAUUAGUGAUGCUAAAAUUACAAAAUUCCCAUAUUCAGGUCACAAAACUUAAUCUGAUACUAACAUUAUUUUCUGUCAUUCAAUUGGUUAAAGUCCCCAGACAUAAUCAAAUAAAGACAUUGACACAGAUAAAUUAAGCUAUGAGAAAAUGUUCUCUUCAAAUGAUGUAGAUUUGCAAUUUGAUGAUUUUGAUACAAAGCCAACUAAUUCAUAUUAAGUUGUAUCUCCUGGUUUAUCAAUUACUUCAUACGAUCUUGAUUAAACUUAAAAAAGCUUGGAUAUAUAACUCUAUGGAAGUGUCUCUUAUAAUUAGAGAGAAAUUCCAUAGAUAGUGCUUGCUUUUCGAAAAAGGAGACCAGGCUAGGUGUAAAUUCCAUAAUAAACUUAAUAUAAUCAAGAAUCAUGGAAAACUUUGUCUAAUUUUUCAUCUCCUGAUUCUUCACCUUUUCAAAAUAAAAAAAUAUAGAUCAAAUCAUUUGCACUAAUCCCUUUAAAAGAGGAAGAGGAAGAUGAGAUAUUUAGUGUUUUCAAUGAUCCAUUUUACUUUUAUGGAACAAUACCGUAAACUAAAUUUGAGAAUAUGAAUCAUCUAUAAUAAUUUUUAACAUUAUAUAAGAUGAGGACAGGAACAUUCCCAAGAUAAAGAGAAAAUUUAGAGAAUGAAAUUGUGAUAUCGAUUGCAAUGAAUUUGGCUAAAAUUGAUAAAUAGCUAUUUAAAUAAUAUUUCCCUUCUAAAAAAGUUUAUUUUGAUGAUGAAAAUGAUUAUACAAGAACAAAAGUAAUCAAGAGAAAGGAAUAAAGAUAGCUCACUUAAGUAGUCACUCCAAACUUUUAAUACAUCUAAAAUUGA